UAAUACCUACCAAAGUGUACAGAAACUUGCCAUGCCAGUAGCCUAGUCUUAGCCUGGUUGCCAGUCUGUUAGCUAACAUUCCACUCCUUGUACUCCAUGUCAUGUGCCAAAGGAAACAGACUGGCAACCUGGCUAGUCUAGCCUAUUAAAUUGCAGCGCUUCAUGAAAAGUGGGCAAUUCAACUGAAGAGUAGAUAUUCUUAUAUAGUCCUCCUAUCGAAGAUGAGAAUGACAGAAUAUGUGGCAAAUCUAACUCUCACCACGUCGACAUCUUUCCGAAGCCUGAAUCUCCAGAGUCGAUAUCUUAAGGACUCAACUUGCCACAGUCUUACCAUUUCCAUACUCUAAAUGGACAUUUGGGCAUAGGAGGACCGCUGAUUUAAGGACUACUGCUCUCUGAUCAUCCGCGGUUUAUCGGAUUCAGCAGUGAGAUUUCGUGUUUCGUUUGUUUGUUCUGUCUCCAUCUCAACGCCUUCGAUUGGAACACCCCCAACACCGAUCAUUUUAAUGCCUACUCAUCUUAAUUUGAUCUGCGAGCGCAAGAAAAUAGGUUACAAAGCCAGGCUACAACGCGCAGUACACGACAAUCAAAAAUUGUAGCAGAAGAAUCUGACCGAGUGUCAGCAACACGGGCUACAGUAGCUGGCUGCCUGGAUUUACUAACUGCAGCUACAAGCGCCCGUGCCCAUAUUACCAGUUGAGCCAAUACUUGUAGGGGAAAAACAUUACCGAUUCAAAUCCUUGACUGUUAUUUCUCAAAGAAGCUCCGAAGACUGGAAAUCUGACCCCUUUUAAUGGUGGAUAACAGCUUCGUGAUAUGGAGCUGUCGUGUUUUCCCCACAUGACCGUUGCACUUGCUGUCCUUAUAUGCGUUAUCCGUGUAGGGACGGUAUUUUGAAGAUACCAGGCAGUCACAAUAGCCUACAACCUAUGAAACUUCAUCCAAGUGGACGCUGAUGGUGCACGACUGCCUUGUAAAAACACAGUUUGUCGACUCUUUUGAUGUAGGUUAUUUUGAGAUUUAUCAUAAGCAGCUUUGGAGACGUUUAGAUUUUUUGCGUUACAUAUGCAUUAAAAGGAGCCUGGAAUUGGACUUUUCUAUCGCGAAAUGAAUGAGGAUAUAAGAGGAGAGCUACACAAGCAAAACAAAUAAGCAACGUGAAAAUAACUAAAGGACAACAGCGAUUUAAACGUGCUAGCUUGUGUGGACUCCACACGAUUUAUUUUGAGGUAUUAGGAUUUUUAUUGAGUUUUUAUUUCGUUGUGAUUUUUGUAGACAUUUAUCAACUCAUCUUUUACUUCUUCAAUCCUUUCCAUAGUUCGUAUGACAGUUCUUCAUGUAACGGUUUUGUGGACUGGUCACUUUGCUGGAAGGAAAGAGGUCAUCAUCACUGUUUUGGUUUACACUGAAGCAGUGGCAAGAAGCUAAUCAGUAUCACCUGAGGCUGCUCCGCGACCAUUCGGUGUUUCAUGUGCCAGCCUCACUGAUGGUCGGAAUAGAGCUCUCACGAGCCAUCAACAACUCAGAUGCGACCCGGUACAUUUCAAAUAUCUGCAAAGGCUGUUGAUGGAGAGGAUUUCGAAUGACAGCCGGGACAGUGGUCAUCACAGGCGGUAUUUUAGCUACAGUUAUCUUACUGUGCAUCAUCGCAGUACUGUGUUACUGUAGGCUGCAGUAUUAUUGCUGUAAGAAAGAGGAGUCUGAGUCGGAGGAGGAGGAGCCCGACUUCGCGGUGACGUCCCGCCUCCCGCCUGUACACGCCAACCACAACAUCGUGGCGGCGUCGGCCGCCGCCUCCAACCCCAACGGCCCCGCCCUCUUCACCCCGCCGUUGGCGCGUAAACUGACGCGCUCGCAGACAUUCUGCCCGUCGUGCACGCACCAUGAGCUGCCCUUCUACCUGCAGCACCCAGACGGACUGCGGAACGGCGGAGACCGCAUCAGCUACCGCAGUGUCCAGCAACACGACCUGGACCUGCCCUUAGAAAUCCCCAGCUACCACAAACUCAACCUGACCCGGUCGGUCACUAUGAGGGACAUGUUCAACCGCAGCUGCAGCAUCAGCACUGACGUUUAGUGGCAUCAGCGCCACCUGGUGGCAUUGAGGACUCAUGGAAAUGGAUGGAUAAUACAAUUGGGACAGAUAGUGGGACUGUGAUUCUCCCAUGAACUUACGCUCAGUUAUAACCACACAUUAACUGGCGAAAAGAUAAAUCUGCGAGUUUGUCCUCUCCUCAUUCUGCUUGUUCUGUGGGUACAGUAGGAUGUUGACCCUGGAAUACCAUAGAGUUUCUACACUGUCUGGACUCAUACUGUUGGAUUACCUUAAACCUAAACCACCUUCUGGUUUAAGUCCACCAAAUCAACCCAAGCUUUAAAUAACAAAAAACAGACUUUGCGUAGUUGCUGCUAAACAAACCAAGAAACCAUGGUGAUAAGGAGGAGGGUUAUGGAGGCUACUCGCACUACUGUGUCUCUCCACCAAUCCCCAACCUGAUCACCAGAAGGGGGAGGGAGCAGAUUAUGGAGCAGUUAUGGAUUAUUCAUCCAUCGCAUCAUGGUUUGGAAAUGGAGGAAGAGAGGGGGAAGAACAUGUCAAAGACCAUAAAAACAUAGGAGAUAAAAGGCUUGGGUUGGAGAGUAGGGGGUGGAGUCCUCUGCUCUGUUUUCUACAUGCAGUUUUUUUGGAAGGGGAGAGAGAGAGAGAGCUGGGUUGCUACGAGAGCAUUAGAGACUUGCUGCUUCUCAUGGAGGACCAACCAGUGGUGAAUGCUUGAUCUUUUCUUGUACAUAAAGCAGGAGAUUUGGGAUUCUGUUCUUAAUCUCAAUGUGGAUCAAGUUAGGAUGAGAGGUGUGUGUUUUGCAUACCAAGGAAGUGAUACCUGGAAAUAAUCCUAGCCAGCGCUGUACACAACACGUUAUCAUACUUUUUCAGACUCGAAUUGGGUUGCAAUAACAUUAAAAGGACACUAAAGGGGGGGCGUUCAAGUGAAGUUAUUUAUUAAUGUGAUUUACCAAACAGAAUGUGUCCGGGGUUGGCUUAACCCGUUGGGAUAAAAAAAAAGAAGAAGCUAAAUGGAUUUUUGAAAAUAGUUGUCCUUUUUUCAAAGUUUUACUUCAGUCGUUGUCAUUACUGAAUAUUGUGAAACUGCAUCCAUACUAUUUAUGUCUGAGUGCUGAGAAACCAUACAGACGAGAAGAAAAAAAAUAUAUUUUAUACACUUUACUAUGUCAUUUAUGGUUAUCUUGUUCACUGGAGUUUCAAAUCGUGGUAUUUUCACCGGAUUCCUUGUGGUGUCUAAAAUCUGAGAUCCAUAGGCGAAUCAAUCUAAACAACAUUUUGUGGUUUAUCUUCAUUCGAUUGGAUUGGAUUUGGUUUAGCUCCCUCUCCACCCACCUUGUUGGACUAGGGGGAUGAACUCUGCACUCGAUUUAGAGGCCUGGGAGAGUAUGACCCUUCUCUCUGAGCUCUGCAAGCAGGACUGAAGGAAGUGUGCUGUGCUGUGUGCGCAGUAUAGUCAGGAUGGGGAUGGAGAGACUGCGGUUGUGUUUUUAUGCCCACGGGCCACUCUUUCUAUCAGAUUAUUUACUGCAGAGAUUAAAUCAGAGUGAAUGUGGGGUGGGGGCUGGAAUCUGAUUGGCUCCCUCAUGUUAUUGUCCUCUCACUCCAUCUGUACAUUCAGUGGUAGUGGAUGUUUUGCCUCUUUUUGUCUUCUUCCUUCUACCACCACCAGUUGACUAGCAAACACGGUUGUUGUUUUGUUUGUUUUGUCCCAGCAAAUUAAACAAUUUGUCCAAACGGUAUGGGCCUUUUUAUUUAGUCGAUCUAUUGUUGCGUCAUGUGUAUUCCUGCAAACAAACACACAGGCACGGAUACAGUGCAUUCGGAAAGUGUUCCGACCCCUUCACUUUUCACAUAUUUUGUUACGUUCCAGCCUUAUUCUAAAAGGGAUUAAAUAUUAUUUUUUACCCAAAACAAAAAUCUACACAAAAUACCCAUAAUGAUGAAGCGAGACAUUUGUGCAAAUAUAUCAUUUUCUUUUGAACAGAAAACCUUACAUAAGUAUUCAGAUCCUUUGCUAUGAGACUCCAAAUAGAGCUCAGGUGCUUCCUGUUUCUAUUGAUCAUCCUUGAGAUGUUUCUACAACUUGAUUGGAGUCCACCUGUGGUAAAUUCAAUUGAUUGGAAAGGCACACACCUGUCUAUAUAAGGUCCCACAGUUGACAGUGCAUGUCAAAGCAAAAACCAAGCCAUGAGGUCAAACGAAUUGUCCGUAGAGCUCCGGGGACAGGAUUGUGUCGAAGCACAGAUCUGGGGAAGGGUACCAAAAAAUGGCUGCAGCAUUGAAGGUCCCCAAGAACACAGUGGCCUCCAUAAUUCUUAAAUGGAAGAAGUUUCGAACAACAAAGACUCUUCCUGGAGCUGGCCCCCAGGCCAAACUGAGAAAUCGGUAGAGCAGGGCCUUGGUCGGGGAGGUGGCCUAGAACCCGAUGGUCACGCUGACAGAGCUCCAGAGUUCCUCUGUAGAUGGGAGAACCUUCAAGAAGGACAACCAUCUCAGCAGCACUUCACCAAUCAGGCCUUUAUGGUAGAGUGGCCAGACAGAAGCCACUCCUCAGUAAAAGGCACAACACAGCCCCGCUGGAGUUUGUCAAAAGGCACCUAAAGACUCUCAGACCAUGAGAAACAAGAUUCUCUGGUCUGAUGAAACGAAGAUUGAGCUCUUUGGCCUGAAGGCCAAGCGUCACGUCUGGAGGCAACCUGGCACCAUCCCUACGGUGAAAAAGGGUGGUGGCUGGAGAAUGUUUUUCAGCAGCAGGGACUCGUCAGGAUCGAGAGAAAGAUGAACAGAGCAAAGUGCAGAGAGAUCCUCGAUGAAAACCUUCUCCAGAGUUCUGAAUGUCCUUGAGUUUUUUAUUUUAUUUUACCUUUAUUUAACCAGGCAAGUCAGUUAAGAACAAAUUCUUAUUUUCAAUGACGGCCUAGGAACAGUGGGUUAACUGCCUGUUCAGGGGCAGAACGACAGAUUUGUACCUUGUCGGCUCGGGGGUUUGAACUUGCAACCUUCCGGUUACUAGUCUAGCGCUCUAACCACUAGCUACCCUGCCGCCCCGUGGCAGUGGCCUGGCCACAGCCCAGACUUGAUCCCGAUCUAACAUCUCUGGAGAGAACUGAAAAUAGCUGUGCAGCGGCGCUCCCCAUCCAAGAGGAUCUGCAGAGAAGAAUGGAAGAAACGCCAAGCUUGUGGCGAUAUACCUCAAAAUACUUGAAGCUGACAUCGCUGCCAAAGGUGCUCUAACAAUCUAGUAGGUAAAGGGUCCGAAUACUUAUGUAAAUGUGAUGUUUCAGUUUUUGUUUGUAAUAAAUUUGCAAACAUUUCUAAAAACCUGUUUUUGUCAUUAUGUGGAGUGUAGAUUGAUGAGGGGAAAAAAACAAUUUAAUCCAUUUUAGAAUAAGGCUGUAAUGUAACGAAGUUUGGAAAAAGUCAAGGGGUCUGAAUAUUUUCCAAAUGCACUGUACAUACAUAAAUGUAUGCAUACAUAUUAUCUUUCAACAUUUUCUCUUCCUUUUAAAAACUGAGCCCAACAUGAAAUGUAGUGUCAUAAGGAAUUGUAUGAGAGACAGAUAUUAAAGAUGGAAUCAGCGCCACUGUCCGCCCCUCCACGGCUGGUAUUGUUUUUGCUGCAGAGUUCAGGAGCUUCCCACAGCAUACUAAGACAAUUGCUCUUCUAUCACACGUGCAAUGAUAUCCGGUGGGGAAGAAACGGUUUGUUGUUUACAGUAACUUAUUUGUUGUUGUAAUAUCGCAAAAGGACGUGGUUGUUUCACGAUUAAGGAUUCCAGGUUUAUUAAGUACAUGAUUAUAUUACAUUUAUUUAAACUUUUGUUAUUAUUAUUUUUACAGUAUUGGUGUUCUUUGCUGAACUACAGUAUUGUUUUUUUUCAGUAUUUGCAUUUUAUGAUACACUUGUUGUUUCCAGCUCUCUAUGGUAAAACAUGUUUCUGUCAUUGUUUCAACUGUAUGACUAAAGAACACAUGGUUACUAAUAAAAGUUUGUGAAAAUCUC